UAGUUCGCGGCGGAGCAACCAAACAAACCACCUCGAAGAAGCAAUUUCCUUGCCGUGUCCAACGCGAUUUUAUAUCAGAUCGGUUCGUCGUAGCCUCCACCAAAUCGGUAUACGACAAUUUUCGUAGCAUCGAUCCAACAUGAGUUUCAUCUUUGGCAAGAGAAAAACUCCAGCAGAGCUUCUGCGAGAAAACAAGCGGAUGCUUGAUAAAUCUAUUAGAGAGAUAGAGAGGGAGAGGCAAGGUCUACAGACCCAAGAGAAGAAACUGAUUGCUGAGAUGAAGAAAAGUGCAAAGCAAGGGCAGAUGGGAGCUGUAAAGGUGAUGGCAAAAGACCUUAUCCGGACACGACAUCAGAUUGAAAAAUUUUAUAAGCUCAAAUCACAGCUCCAGGGUGUAUCUCUUAGAAUUCAAACACUGAAAUCAACACAGGCAAUGGGAGAGGCAAUGAAAGGUGUGACAAAGGCAAUGGGACAGAUGAACAGACAGAUGAACUUGCCAUCCCUGCAGAAAAUUAUGCAAGAAUUCGAAAGACAGAAUGAGAAGAUGGAGAUGGUGACUGAGGUGAUGGGUGAUGCAAUCGAUGAUGCUUUAGAAGGGGACGAGGAAGAGGAGGAAACAGAAGAAUUGGUGAGCCAGGUUCUUGACGAGAUCGGAAUCGACAUCAACCAAGAGCUCGUUACUGCACCAUCAGGUGUGGUUGCGGCACCAGCCGCAAAGGGUAAGGUUGCACAUGCAGAAGCAACCGGGAACGAUGAAAGUGGGAUAGAUAGUGACCUACAGGCAAGGUUAGACAAUUUGAGAAGGAUGUAAGUAGGUACGUCUCCUAAUCAGUUAUGUAAAAUAUAGACAUCUCCUCUAUGUUGGAACAUUUGGAUUUUAACAUUUGGGAAAUCUGUACCAGAGUUUGUUUAUCGAAGAUUCCGAAAUACAUGGAAUUAUAAUAAAUUACUUCGUAUAAAUUUAUUCA